CGUCCGCGAGCUGAACAUCGAGAGUCGACUCGGAGAUGGCAGACUUUGCGCCCCAAGACCGUAGCCCGCGCGAGCUCAGAGUCGCUUUACAGAGUGUCGAGCAAGCUGUGCAAAAUGUAACCAAGCGAGCUACAAACCGUCUUCCUCAGCUUCUGAUGAAUAGCGUGCUAUUUGGUGCAUUUUCUAUGCUGAUUCCCCUGCUUGUGCUUGCCCUAUUCUACUACUGCAAGUCGCCCCGUACCAGGACAGUCGCAGGCAUUACAUGUUCUCUCGUGUAUUGCAUUGCGGCGCAGCAGUGGGGAUCUGAAAUCUACACUCUUGUACUCAACGUGCUAGAGUCUCACGCCAUCAAAGAUGCAACAGUCCAAUGCUUGCACGAUACAAUUCGCGGAGCAGCGUGCCCCCUGAAUCCGACCAGAAUUGACCAGCCACUUGGCCCAGCACUAAAGCAAUUCCUGUACGCUGCCGCCAUGCGGCCCAUGCCACUGGCGGCCACCUCAAUCAUCAGCAAUCUGGCAAUGUCGUUCCUCGCCUGUCAUAUGUGGGACGGGACGCUUGCUAUACACAUGCUCACACUGUCCUUCUUUUCUGUAACUGCUUCCGCCGCGAAUCAAAGUUGGAACCAGCCCGCUUCUGCGCCUCCCUCAUAUUUCCUCAGACGCGACAUCAUGACUUUCGCUUUCUUCUGGCCACUCAAUAUCUGGGUUGCAGCUUUGAUCGUCGGCAAAGCUCGGUAUAUCGUAGGGUCGCAUAUCGCAGGGUCACGCCCCGCCUUGUUGCGCAAGCUCCACGUUAGACUCGCGAUUCUGCACGCCGUGGUCUGGACUGUUCUCGCUACUGGUGCCAUCUUUGCUAACUCACCAUGGGCAAUGGCUUCAGACACGAUCAGGUGGUGCACUGCUCGCGGGAUUCAUCUCUUCAUCAGCUCAGUCUUCGUGCAUCUGACGGGCAUCUACGUCACUGUGCAGUUCUUGCUGAUGGCAUUUGCAAAUAGCGAAGAGGAGAACGACAUCCUCAUUGCUAGCCUAGGGAAAGUAUCGCAGGAGAAUGACGUCCUCAUUGCUAGCCUGGAGAAGGCAUCGCAGGAGAAGAUUUGACGUGGCGGUACAGAAUGGCGCCGUGCGAAGUUUCCAGCCCUCCAUAUCUCCAUUCGAAUGUACUAUAUUACUGGCAUGAUGUCUGGCCCUGCGUUAUGUGACUCGAGCACGACAUUGAACACCC